AUGAGUUUUCGGAAACGCACGCCAGCAUCAACCCCUGUUCCAACUCUUCAGGAUGCUUCAAGCAACGCCACACAACCCUUACCGACAGGCGUUCGCCCCUCAGCGACCUCCUCAUCCCCGAUUACUUCCUGGGGGUUCCGUUCUAUUGACGUGGCUUUGGGCGGAGGGUUGCCACUUGGUUCGAUGACGGUCGUAUUGGAGGAUCAUCCGACUGCAUACCAUCUUCCUUUGUGCUCUUACGUGACGGCACAAGGAAUCCAGGCUGGGCACGCGGUCGCUGUGGUUUCUUUUGAUUCACCAGCAGAACGCCUUAUGAGAAGAUUACCCGCCUGCAUGAACAACCACGCACAUAGAAUCGAAGGCAUAGGAUUGCGGCAGCAACAGCCGGAGACGACCGACAUGAAAAUUGCCUGGCGUUACCAGAAAAAUUCCGCUUCUGCCGCACAGGUCGUGUCUGGGGGUUCAGCACGUUCCUUCGCGUACGACUUUGAUCUCUCACAAAGUGCACCUGUCCCAACGAACGCCCCCGUUUCCUUGCUUGGCCGUGGCAUUUCUGAGUCCCUAGAUGAUGUACUACACCAGAUUCGAGCACAUCUCGAGAAGUCCGCAGAGCGUAAGUUGCUCGGCCGUAUUGUUGUACAUGGCUUGUCUGCCGCACAUUCCCACAAAGCGGCGUCACCUUCCGAGGCCAUCAGCUCCUUUCUAUCUCGAAUCAAGGCGUUCACCCGCUUUUUCGGAGCAGUUGCCGUUGUAUCAUGUGCUGCUGAUGUUUCGCAUAGAAUAGCUGUAGUUGCAUCAGACGCAACUUUAAAAAUAGAUAGUUUUGGAGGCCGAGGUGCCGGUGUUGCGGGGUUGGGGAAAGAAUGGCUGGGUGUCUUAAUAGUUAAGAAGUCAUAUCGCGCCGGGCGUUUGCCAAGCCUCAGAGGUACGGGCGAUGUUUGGGUAUUCAAGCGCGGCCGUCGGAAAUACGUCAUGGAACGUGCUACUGCUGCGCCCGAUGACGAAGACCCUGUCGAAGUUCCUCCGAUUCUUGAUUCACAAUCUACUAGGAAGGACUCGGGCUCAUUAAGAAAAAGAGUCGCUGUGAACACGGGCCUGUGCUCAUCAAGACCAGAUGACUCGGGCAUUGAGUUUUGA